UGUCUGGGUUGUGCUUGGGGGGUUGUGUUUGUGUGUGUGGUUGUGUGUGGGGGAUUGUGUGGUUGUGGGGAUUGUGUUUGUGUGUGUUUGUGUGUGUGGUGGGGGAGGGUUUCCCUGCCAUAGGAUGGAUCAUCAGAGGCUGUGUGUGUGUGAUUUCUCUGAUGCUGAGUGCAGGCUGUUUCUGCCUUCUCUGACCCUGAUAGAGAUGGGUGUUUGUGUUCAGGUGUGGCCUGGCAUGGUGGGCCCUCAAUGGGCUUUGGCCUCGCCCUCCACCAGUACACUGGUUGGGCCCUGACCCCUCAGCUUGCGUUUCUGUAUCAGCAUGACAGGGACAAGGGUGCCUGCCCUAGGGGGACACGUUUGAGGCUGAGAGGGGAUUCUGGGCAGACCCCAGCAGAUGGGACAGCUUUUUUCCUGGGUGUUCAGCCUUGGGGAGGGGCAGGAUGGGCCUCUGGAGAAGGGUCUGCAGGCCGGGCACAGGGAGUGGCUGGUGCAGAGACUGCCUGCAAGCCCAGACCAGACUCUUCCUGCCCAGAGUAGCCGAACCCAGGAACUGUUCUUAUCUUGGGAGCAGGGACUGGCACUGGGCUGGGUGCAGCCAUGGCUUCCCUUGUGGGUCCAAACACUGCCCCAGGGGACAAGUCCCAGCCAAGGCCACACAAGUCCCACAUUCCACGUGGGGAGUGGUGCUCUUCCACGUUGCUGGUGGCAGAAGCCCAGUCCUCUGUCUCACAGGUGAGGCACAGGCAGGCAAAGCCUCCCAUGGGCGUACAAGGCAGCUCGGCAGGGGUGAGGGGGCUGGAGAUUCAGCCGCAAUCUCUCCUGCGCUCAUGGUGUCACAGAGGAGGAGAUGGGGCUUGGGUACCAAUGGGGUGCUGCAGCCGGGGGACAAGACCCGAGGGCUCCCUCCAUGUUGUCCCUCCUUGUUGACUGAACGCCCCUCAUGUGUCAGUCUAACUGUGAGGAGCUCGUGCCAAAGCCCAGGCAUUAAUUUAGGAAGGGCCACCUCUGUUGACAGAGGGUCUGGGGUCAGCCUGGAAUGCAGUGGCCUCAGAUGUGAUGCUGCCCUGCACUGAGCCUGGCUGGGACCAGCACAGUCCAUCCAUCUGCCUGCCUGUCCCUGACUGUCCAUCCUCCCAGGUAGGGCUGGAGCUUUAUGCAGCUGGGCUGCAGGGGCACAGCCAAAGUCAGGCUGCUGCGACCCAUGAUAGGUUUGUCGGGGGCCAGUACUUCUGAUCUGUGAGCCCACAGGACACAAGCCUACCUCAUUCACAGCUGCAGCAAAUGGAGACUCACAUGGAGUCAAUGUCCUUUGUGGGGGGAUGCUGACAGGGGGUUGCCAAGGAGGGGCACCAGAGUUGCGGAUGGCUGUCCAAGCCCCUCUUGUCGCAUUUUACCUCAUAGGAUGUCCCAGGCCAGGUCUGUCCGUUUGGGGGUGGGGAAAGUGAGUCGUGGUCCAGACAAGCCACUUUCCAGGGGUCACACGAUUGGGGUGGGGGCCCUGCAUCUGGGCAGGUGCUGAGCACUGUCCUCAGACAGCAGUGCUGUUGCUGCUGAAAACGGCCCCUGGCCCCAUGCCCACCCGCAUAGGUGCCUGAGUCCCCUCUCUACGCAGUGUGUGUUGCUGAGGAUGGGCCACCCAUCCCAUCACUGGCAGAAGAGCAGGGGUGUGUUUUAGGGAAAGGGGCCAGCACAUUCCUGUUGUGAGGGUUGCAUUGUGGGGACUCGUGCAGGAGAUGCAGGCUGGGGGCCGGUCCUGCUAAGGACCUCCCGGUGACACCCCCUCCCCCUCCAUGCAGCACAUCUCCAUCCCCCAGCCCGACUGCCCCGCGGAGGCGCGGACGUUCUCCUUCUACCUCUCCAACAUCGGCCGCGACAACCCCCAGGGCAGCUUUGACUGCAUCCAGCAGUAUGUCUCCAGUCAUGGGGACGUCCACCUGGACUGCCUGGGCAGCAUACAGGACAAGAUCACAGUGUGCGCCACCGACGACUCCUACCAGAAGGCGCGGCAGAGCAUGGCCCAGGCAGAGGAGGAGACACGGAGCCGCAGUGCCAUUGUCAUCAAGGCUGGAGGCCGCUACCUGGGUGAGCAGCAAGUUUGGCAGGGCUGCAGGGUGGCCAGGCAGCUGCCAGUGUCGGGAGGCAUUUGGGGCCUGUCCAGGCUGGGCACUGGCUGUGCCCUGCACAGAAAUGAUGGGCCAACCGAGGAGUCCCUGAGCAGGAUGUGCCUGGACCAGAGUCUGGGUUGGGAAGAGAAGUCUAGCCACAUGGGCCUGGGGGCCACGUGAGGGGUGGGGGGUUGGGCUGCAGCAGCUGCUGCCUUGUGAAGCCGGAGGUGGACAAAGUGGCCCGAGAACUCCAGGAGCUGUGAGUUGGUGGUCCCUGCUUUCAGGCUGCAGCCUUGGGUACCUUCACCUGUCAGGGAGGCCAACAGGCCCCCCGAAGACGGGCAUGCAGCCUAGGGCAAGGCCCAUGUCUGUCUCUGGAGGCUGCCCCCACCCUCACCUGACCAGCCAGCUCCUCCCCAAGGCCACCACAGUUGGCAACAGGCAGGAAAUGAGCCUCACAGGCCCUGUUGCCAGCGACCCAGCACUGCAGGAAAACUGUAGCCACUCAGCAUCGACUUGGAAAUGGUUUCAGCAGUUGAGAAGCCAACGGGCCUUGACAGUGGGAAGGAAAGUGCUGUUUGUUUACAGAGCUGCAGCACCCCGCCUCUUAGUCCAGGCAGAGCGCCAGAAGUCAUGGGAACUCAUUAUGGCGGGAGUAGGGUGCCGGGCUUCAGAGAGGAGGGAGAUGGCUCAGAGCAGACGACAGCCUUGAUGGCUUUUUGAGUUUUCUCUUUAAGAAAAGUGGGGGGCAUUUCAAUUCCUCUCUUUCCUCCUUCUGAAGAAAGCACGUGAUUUCCCUUUGCUGAGCAGAGGGAUACCCUCUGAAUGAAACCCCAGAUGUGGGUGCAGGGGUUGGAUCUCCUGGUCAAUACUGAGCCCAGGUGGACGUGUUAUAUGGCUAGGGAGCCCGGGCUGUAAGCCCCAAGCACAGGGCUGCUGUGGGCAGAACAGUUGAAGAGACAGCUGUACACGUGUUUUGUUUUUUGUUUUUUUAAAGACGGGACCUUUCUCUGUCACUCAGGCUGGAGUGCUGUGGCACAAUCAUAGCUCACUGCAGCCUCAAACUCCUGGGCUCAAGUGAUCCUACCUCAGCCUCCAGAGUAGCUGGGACCACAGGUGUGUGUCACCACACGUGGCUAACUUUUAGAUUUUUUGUAGAGACAGAGCCUUGCUAUGUUACUCAGGUUGGUCUCUGACUCUUGGGCUCAAAUGAUCCUUUCGCCUGGGCCUCCCACGGUGCUGGGAUUACAGGCAUGAAUCAGUGCACAUGGCCUCAUACACAUAUUAAUGAAUCUGUGGGUCCUGCAGCCAAACACUUGAUCAGAAAUGUAUCUUAGCACACCACUUUGGGUACAGUGAAGGUUUUUUUUUU